AUGUAAGAAAACAGCUGUUUUCAGUUCAUAAGAGAUUUUACUCGUAAACAUUUUUUAUUAAUUUAUCGUCAUUUACCUGCUGAAGAAUCCCUAAUUGGUUAAGAAGGAAAGAAAACAUUUACAGUGACAAUUGUUCUUCAACAAAGGGCAGCGAAAUGGGUAACCAGCUGGUGGGUAUAGCACCAUCGCAAAUUUACCCGAUGGAACACUAUUUUUCAGGUUCCGAAUUUAUUUUCGAAUCAAAUAUGGGCAGCACACGAUUUUUCAAAGUGGCCAAAGCUAAAUCGGAAGAAGGUGUCGUUGUGGUGAAGAUAUUCGUGAGACAUGACCCAACAUUGCCACUAGAGAAUCACAAGGAACGCCUCGAAUAUAUAAAGAAGGAACUAUCUAAUGCGGUGAACUGCUUACCAUUCCAAAGAGUUGAGCUCACUGAUAAGGCAGCGUACAUCGUACGAGAAUACGUCAAACACAGCUUAUAUGAUCGGGUUUCUACACGACCUUUCUUAACAACGCUCGAAAAGAAAUGGAUAACUUUUCAAAUACUUUGCGCAUUGAAUCAGUGUCACAAACAAAAAAUUUGUCAUGGCGAUAUAAAGUUGGAAAACAUAUUGAUUACGUCAUGGAAUUGGGUGUUGCUGUCGGAUUUUGCCUCCUUCAAGCCCACUUAUCUGCCCGAAGACAAUCCCGCAGAUUAUACAUAUUUCUUCGAUACCAGCAGGCGACGUACUUGCUAUAUUGCGCCCGAGCGUUUUGUGAAAACCUUCUCAUCGGAUGAUGCCGAAGGUUAUGGCGCCAUGCUACCCACUGAUUCGCUUAUACGCUUGGGACCCUAUAUAUCCGAUAAUACUCUCACGCCCGCCAUGGACAUAUUCUCUGCAGGUUGCGCACUAUUGGAACUAUGGACUGAGGGUACAGCACCGUUCGAACUCUCGCAGCUACUUGCCUACCGGAGCGGUGAUAAUGAAUUGGUGACGAAGCAUUUGGAAAGUAUAGAAAAUGAGCACCUGCGUACGCUACUCUCUUCUAUGAUUAACCUUAAUCCCAUGUGCAGAAAAAGUGCAGAAGAUUAUUUAGAUGGAGAGCGCGGACGUCUAUUUCCCGAAUAUUUUUACUCUUUUCUACAAUCGUAUUUGCAAAUGUUUUCAUCGUUGCCAAUAAUGUCACCAGAUGAUAAAAUUUUACGUUUACAUUCCGAUAUUGGCCAUUGUAUUAAAGUAUUAACUAAUGCCACUGAUUUAACGCCGGAUGAAAAUGACGUGGAAAAAGCUGAACAGGCCGAAAAAAAGGAUGAGUUGAGCCAACGUUUGCCUACUGAACAGGAUGGUCUAAUUUUAAUAAUCACCGUUGUUACCUCUUGUAUCCGGGGCUUAAAGCAAUCGAAUACACAAAUUUGUUCGCUAGAAAUACUACAAAAACUAUGCAGGUAUACAACAUCAGAUACCAUAUUGGAUCGCAUACUGCCUUACAUCCUGUACCUCGCACAAAACUUUUCCGAAAAAGUUCAAGUGGAAGCAAUUGAAACCUUAACCGCUUGCCUCAGUAUGGUCAAACAAAUACCGCUCAGCGAUGCGAAUGUUUUUCCCGAGUACAUUUUACCCUCCAUAUCAAAAUUAUCCAGCGAACCGAGCGCCGUUAUUGUACGUAUGGCAUUUGCACGCAAUAUUGCCAAACUAGCAAAAAUCGCUAUUUACUUUUUGGAAGAGACGCAACGCAAUGCACCAAACGACAUGCCUGCGCGUAGGUACGAGGCCGAAUUGAAUGCCUUGCAUGACAUAAUACAACAAAACGUGCUGAGCCUCUUAACCGAUUCGAAAGCGGUCGUCAAGCAAACACUCAUGGAGUCAGGCAUUUGUGAUUUGUGCGGCUUCUUUGGCAAAGAGAAAGCUAAUGAUAUAAUACUCUCACACAUAAUGACAUUCCUUAAUGAUGAUGACAAAAAUUUACGCGGCUCUUUCUAUGACAAUAUUGCCGGCGUUGCUGGCUAUGUUGGUUGGCAGGCGUCCGAUAUACUCGUACCGCUAUUGCACCAGGGUUUUACGGAUCGUGAGGAGUUCGUCAUUAGCAAGGCGAUACGUGCUAUUACCAUACUCAUCGAGUUAGGUCAUAUAAAGAAGCCUACAAUCACUGAGAUUAUUAAGGAAACCGCUUGUUAUUUAUGUCAUCCCAACUUGUGGAUACGUCAUGAAAUUUGUGGCAUGAUCUCGACAGCGGCGCGCACUUUGAGUGCCAUAGAUGUGCAAGUUAAGAUAAUACCUGCAAUACGGAAAUUCCUGAAAAUGCCAUUAAUACAAGUGGAGAAGCCAGAUUUGCUGUUGGAUUGCUUGCAGCCACCGAUUCCCCAACAAAUUUACGAUAGCGUAUUGAGAUUUCACGACAUUCAGAUGUUCUUAAAUGAAUUAGAAAGUCGCGCACUAGCACGCAAUAAUCCAACACAAGCAAUGGUGGCGCAACAGGAUGAAUCCAGCCAAGCAUUACGAAAUCUUUUCUGCCGGUUGGGCUCGGAAGGUCUCAAUGAAUUGGUUGAAAUGCAGCUGCUCGCUUUCAAGGCGUACUUAUUGAAAUUAAAACAUAAAUCCCAGCAAGAAGCGGAUGAGCCCUCGUCCGGACGUAUAGUGAUCAACCGCAAAUAUGUGCAAUGCCACGAAUAUCCGCUCGCCGAAAAGCUAAACAAAUCGCCACAGGAAACACGCGCAACCGAAGGCGGUCUGACCGCUACUGCGUCUCCUGCAUCGGAUGUAGUUGUUUCGCCACUUGGCGGUGCUGCUGGCAGCCCACCGACGGGCAUUACAUUAGUUGGCGCUACGGCUCAACAGCCAAACACAACAGUGAACGCUGCCACUUCACUCGGAGAGUAUACAAUGCCGGAACGUAACUAUUGGCAGGAACGUUCUUCGGAGUGUCUCAAAGAUUUAGACGCACUACGAAUUUCGUUUAAGAAUCGUUACAGUACGCUUGCGUUUUCCCAGCACAGCCACAAUGAGACGCUAAACUCAACAUAUCCGCAAGGUUGGUCUUUAAAUGGCACCAUGAUAGCUCAUCUGCACGAACAUGCCGAGUCGGUUAUUAGAAUGACGUCGUUAAGACCGAACGGCGCUAUUUUCGCUAGUGGCAGUGUUGAUGGCACAGUGCGGCUGUGGGAUUGUAAUAAAUUGAAUGGUAAUCAGGGUAUCAACAGAUCACGCCAAGUGUAUUCAGCAAAUACCCCCAUUUACUCGCUGGUUGCUUGCGAUGGUGGCCAGUCUCUGGCAGUUGGUGGCAAAGAUGGCAGUCUGUUAAUUAUGCGUAUUGAUAGGAAUUCAUCGAAAAUGGCGCUACAACAAGCUUUACAUCUGGAUGAAGGCGAGAAAAGCGAUGGACCCGUUGUUGAUAUGCAAACCUAUGACCAAAGUGUUAUCAUCUAUGCCACGGUAUAUGGCGCCAUCGUUGGAUGGGAUACGCGCGUACAAAAGCCCGUUUGGCGUUUGGAGAAUGAACUGCAACAUGGAGUUAUAACAACAAUAUGCGUUGAUCCGGCUGGUUCGUGGUUGGCUACCGGCACGAGUGGAGGCAAGCAUAUUUGCUGGGACUUACGCUUUCAGCUGCCCAUCGCUGAAAUUAAGCACCCAACUGGCUCGCGCAUACGCAAAGUUACAUGCCAUCCCACAGAGCCUUCAUACUUAAUUUCAGCCUCACAGUCGAAUAAUGAAGUCUCUAUAUGGAAUGUUGAAACAGGUCAUCGCCAAACAGUAUUGUGGGCCAGCUCUGCAUCUCUGCUGUCGAACACUCAAAUGAGCGAAACGUCAACUUCAUGUGGUAUCUUAAGCGGCGUAGUGGACAAAACACCGUUCAUAUUGACUGGCAGCUCAGAUCAACGUAUACGUUAUUGGGAUCUGAACGAGCCUAAGAAUUCAUCAUUGAAAGUGCCUGCUGCCAAAGACAAUAUGGAAAACAUUUCAUUCAACUAUGAUUCCCAAAUGAUUGACGGAAGUCAAGUAAUUUUCGAACAAACAGUCUCAUUGAGUAAUCCAUCGGAUUUGAAUUCAGCCAGCUGUUCACUGGAGGAAAAGCCUCGUUCCGGUCCAGAUAUGCCGUCGUCAAGUCACCACGAUGCGAUCACUGAUUUAUUGAUGUGUAAAACGGACAAAGGGCAAAUUUAUGUUGCAUCUGCUGCCCGCGAUGGUGUUAUAAAGUUGUGGAAGUAGAUAAAUAUUUAUUAUGAUUAUUAUACAAUAUAUGUAUAAGCUUAAAAUAUUUUAUAUAAAUGUAUGUGUAUGUAGGUGCAUGUAUGUCUGUGAUUCGUCAUUUUUCAUUUCAAAUGCACCUUGUGUUUUAUGCCUACUUUAGUGUUAUAUAUAUAUAUAUAUAGCUUUAUGUAAAAACGCCAAGAAUUCUGAACAUUUUGUAUUUCAUUAUAAUUUUUAACCAUAAAAAUGCAUGCAUGUGUAAAAAUAAUCGUAUAUGUAUGUAUGAGGAAUAUUUAAUAAAAUUAUACUAG